UAGAAAUAGUCCCCAAAAUAUGAAAACAUUCCAUUUUGUAAUUAAAAUCUACAUUUAUUAUGGUGCCACGAUUUCUAAUGUGGCAUAUCCUUAGUGAGAUACAGUGCACAUUCUUUUCUGGUCCACCGCAAAGCGUCCUGUUUUCAGCAACCCAGGUCCCAGCCUUUGAAGUUAUUUCAUAUCACUACAAAUGAGGAAGAUGUAUCCUGUUAGCAGUGUUAAUUUUGAGACAUGUAUGUGGUAAGGUGACCAUUAAUCGGAUGGUGCUUGUUCAGAACUUCAUUGCAUCUGCCAAAUGUUAGAGCCAGGCACAAUGGAAUCUUCCCAGAACACUUCGGGUAUGAUGUGGUAUAACUACAAUCCUGUUGAUGGCCUUAUUACUACAAAUGCUCCAGUGCAAGUAGAAUUAGGGACAGUUGACAUAGCAAGACAAAUUAAUCAGCAGGUUCAGUUACAGUAUGGCAACUUACAGGCAGUUCCAACCCAAACCCAGCACCAGAUAAUAGUGGCUCAUCAACCACAGCCUCAACCACCUCCUGUUAUUCCAGAGCCACCAGUAACUCCAAAACCAUCAAAGCCUCGUACUCGACCAACAAAUGGUGAACGGGUGCCAUGUGGAGAAUGUGGCAAGACUUUCUCAUGUAAUGCAAAUUUACGAGAUCACAUGAGACUACACACAGGUGAAAGACCAUUCAUUUGUAGUGAGUGUGGUAUGUCUUUUGCUCAGCGCUCUAAUUGGAGGUUACAUAAACGUGUACAUACUGGUGAAAGACCCUACAUGUGUGGUAUAUGUGGAAAAACAUUUUCUCGUAGUUCCCAUUUGCCUGGUCACAUGAGAGUUCAUACUGGAGAAAGACCUUAUACAUGUGAUCGGUGCCAGAAUUCAUUUGCUUCUGCACAAGCUUUGAAAAAUCAUGCACGUACCCACACAGGUGAGAAACCUUUUGUGUGUGAGUAUUGCCAGACUGCUUUCACACACAGUUCUUCAUUAUCUUCACAUAAAAAAAGGUGCACUGGUGAAAAGAGAAAGCGUGGUAGGCCUCUUGGCAGUGGUCGCAAGUCUUACAGAAAAAAGUCUACUGGUAGACCACGUGGGCGACCUAGAAAGAAGGUUCGUUAUGGUAAGAGGGGCCGCAGGAAGAACCCUCCACCUGAAGAACAUGCAGAAACAAAAAAUGGAGUUGAUGUAAUUAAGGCUGAGGUUCACAGAGAAAAUGAAGAAGCUCAGAUACAGUCGAUAAUACAGGCAAAACAAGAGCUUGAAGAAGUGCCCACUGUAGUUGUUGAUGCAGACUCAGUGAAUUUAGAACAUGCUGAACUACACUGUGAUUCACUAAAGUUAGAUAAGCAUAUAGUAACACAUGAAGAAGAACUUGCAGAAGAAUCUGUAUGUCAGGAAGGUCAACUAAUUCGCCAUGAAAUGUUACCAUUAGAAAUUGUGUCUGCAACAGCAACUGCAGGCUUGGAUGAGACUAGCAAUCUUCACCAAGAAGCAGCUGUUGCUAUGGCUGCUUUACAUGAGGGAGCAGCACUUAAUUUGGCUCAUCACCAGUUGCCUCAAGAAAUAUAUGUUAAGAGAGAAGUACCUCAUACUAUGUGGUAUCCAAAACAGCACUAUUAAGCCAUUAUGAUCAAUAUUACCAUUAACUUUGUAAUGUUUUUUAAAGUAAAUUGAUAUCAUUAGCCAGGAGUGCUGAUGUUAAAAAAAAUGUUCCAUGUUGCACUAUUAACCCACAUCUCAAAAACUUUAUUUAGAUAUCCAUUGUGAAUAGAAUUGUGGGCUUUAAAUUCUAAACUUGUUUAUCUUCUAGUUUACUUUCUGUUCACAAUUGAACAAAUGGUUUUAAUGUAUGUCUUUAAUAUUAUUUUUGUACUUGACUAAUAACUACUUAUGUAUUUUGUAGGUAAGUUUCACAAUAUACAGCUGAAAAAAUAUCUUGUAAAGUCGUUGAAUUUUAUAGAACUUUAUAUAGACCUGUGUAUAUUUUUUGUGUCCCUGUAAAGAUCCUGAUGAAAUUUUUUACCCUAAUUGCUUUAUAGAUUUUCAUUACAACUACCGUACCUAUAUUACAACUGAAUUGUGGAACUUCAGAUCAGAAAUUCUUUUAAAUAGUGUUUAAGUUUUAUAUUAAUUGAAUUUAAAAAAUAGAAUUCUAAACAUUUCAUCACAUGCAGUAUCUUUUCUCCUGAUUUUUUUUUUUUUUUUUUUUUUUUGUUAAUUAAAUUAUUCCAUUUUUAAUUUUUUAAUGUUGGAAAACAUUAUUGGUUAAAAAUUCACUUAUGUAGUUUCACAUUUGUCAAAAUAAAUCUAAAGAAUA